GGUGAAGGCAUCGGGGUUUCAUUGAAUCUCUCAGCUCCUCUCAAUCUCUCUCCUCUAGACGCUCAAUUCUUGCCGACAACCGACGUCCGACCGACGGGAAGACCAAAGCGGCAGUUAGGCAGAACCUAGAGGCACGGCGUCACGCGGUGAGGACUUCGCCGCCUUGGAACUUUGAAGUUCGACUCACAGACCUCAGACCACAGUGAUUUGUGUUUAAGUUGAUGAUAAUGGCAAGAAUUUGGUCUUUGAAGUUGAAAUCGCUUGCUGGGUCAAUUGUUCAUUUACCAAAUUCACUUACAUCUCGGUCUUGUAAUGCUUAUAUGAAAUCUAUGAGAACCGACAAUGAUCUUCAAGGUCGACCAAUAUUUGGCUACUUGAGUCAUCAUUACCACACUCAUAGUAAUGAUAGAUUCUUGAAAUUUGAGUUUAGAGCUUACCCCCAGUUAAGCAAACCCAGUUACGCGGCUUACGCCUCAGCAUUUUCACCCACGUCGAGAAUUCGGAUCUCGGAUAGAAUUUCGUUGACACCGAUGUCGGGUUUUCUGACAUAUUCAUCCUUCACUAGUGGUAAGGGAGAUAAUAAAGGGAUUGAAGUUCCGGAAGCUUCUAAAAUCGGGGAUGCGGAUGUUGGAAGUAGUGGUGGAAUUCUUGGGAAUAUGGAGUGGACUGAUAAAAUUAAAGAUGCCUGGAAAACUGUAACAGAUGCAGCAACUGUCACUGGGCAAAAGGCCAAAGAAGCAUCUGAUGAGUUAACUCCUUAUGCACAACAAGUUCUGGAUUCUCAUCCAUAUCUUAAAGAUGUUGUCGUACCUGUUGGUGGCACAUUCAUGGCUGCUUUACUUGCUUGGGUGGUCUUGCCAAGUCUUUUGAAGAGACUCCACAGGUACUCUAAUCAUGGAUCAACUGUUUUGCUGUCGGGAACUGGAAGAGUUUUCGCAAUUGAAGUACCAUACGAGAAAAGUGUUUGGGGGGCAUUGGAGGAUCCUGUGCGCUACUUGAUGACUUUCAUGGCAUUUUCUGAGAUUUUGUAUUUGAUAGCUCCAGAUGCUGUCACAUCUCAUUUUAUUUCACAAAAUUGGAAAGCGCCUCUUGUCCUUUCGUUUGUAUGGUUUCUACAACGGUGGAAAACAAAUUUGUUUGCUCGUGCUUUGGCUGCUAAGAAUCUACAUCUACUUGAUCAAGAAAGAUUGCUUACUUUGAACAGAGUUUCCUCUGUUGGUCUUUUAGCCAUUGGAGUGGUUGCUAUAGCUGAAGCAUGUGGUGUGGCUGUUCAGUCUAUUCUGACUGUUGGUGGUAUUGGUGGAGUUGCAACUGCUUUUGCUGCGAGGGACAUCCUUGGUAACGUGCUUAGUGGCCUGGCUAUACAGUUCUCAAAGCCGUUUUCCCUUGGAGACACCAUCAAGGCUGGAUCAAUUGAAGGUCAAGUGGUGGACAUGGGUUUAACUACAACUUCAUUAUUGAAUGCUGAAAAGUUUCCCGUAAUAGUUCCCAAUUCUAUGUUUUCUAGCCAGGUCAUUGUGAACAAGUCGAGAGCCGAGUGGCGUGCUUUCAUCAGUAGAAUUCCACUCCAGUUCUAUAAUUUGGAAAAAGUUCCUGCGAUUACAACUGAAAUAAGUUCAAUGCUACAGUCAUAUCCAAAAGUUUUUCUGGGACGCGAGGCUCCUUACUGCUAUCUUUCUCGAAUUGAGAAUUCAUAUGCUGAACUGACUCUUGGAUGCAAUCUCAAACACUUGAGCAAAGCAGAGAGGUAUUCCACAGAACAAGAUAUCCUUCUACAGUGCAUCCAGAUAGUGAAGCAGCAUGGUGCUUUGUUGGGCAGUGCACAACAAGAUCUGAUAAGCCAAUGAUUUUUGUUACAGAGGAACAUCCAGCAGUUAGGUGUUUGUCAUCCUGACAUUAUUAGCGCCAAUACAUGCAUUUAUGAUUCAACUCUACACUUGAGCCUGCAAUCACGGUGCACUUUCUUCUUGUCUUUCAAAUUUCCUUUUUCUGUCCAAACUGUUUUCUUGUAAUAUAGGCUAACAUGGAUUUCAUGGAGAACUGCCUUACAUCAUCUUCCAUAAUUAGGAACCUCACAUUUGUCUAUAGUCAAACACUCGAUAAUCCUUAGGUGACUGUGGUUCCCUCCUUGUUCGGCUAGCUGAAGUGACGAAACCAAUUAUGAAUUUUCAGCACUCACCUGUGUUCAUUCUCGGAAAAGGUUAAUGGGUUGGCCAAUAUAAAUGGGAAACCCAUUUCUUUGGGAUUGUUCAUGAAGUUAAUGAUAACCUUUUGUCUGAAACUUUUGCUGCCACAACUUAUCCUGAAGAAUGUUUGCUGAGUCGUGUAUCCCAAUCAUUGAUUGAGUUCAGUCCAUAACCAGAAUUGACUGUUUUGUUGUGUAGGAACAUGAUUACUAGAGAAUGAAGAUCAUGCUAGGUAUGGUAAUUGAUUGCAGAUGGCUAGAGGAGUAUAAAUCGUGAGACAGAGGGGGAGAGACAAAGUGAGUUUAUCAGUGUGUAGACUUUGACAUGGAUGGUGCUUAGUGUCUAAUGAUAUCAUGGUGGUGGUGUUAAGGGCAAUUAAGGUGCAUGAGUUUCUUGGGUUUUUGUCUUAAAUUCUUUCAGGGUAUAGAUAAAAGGGAGGUCAUGUAUCUCAAAUUUCCAGCUAAUCCGAGUUUUUCGCUACUUUGGAAUAUAUAGGCAAAUCAAGUAUUUGUUACCAGGUCAUUCUCUAAAAGUUCGGAGUGUUUGAACUUCAAUAUGCGUAUUCGUCUACUAGCCAUGUCCUAACUGGUUAUGAUGAUAUACUCUCUCUCGGUGCCUUUCUUUUUCAUCUUCUCUCCAAGAACUAAAUAUCCGUUUGGUAAUCUAAUUAGAAGAAACAUGGCUUCUUGACAUUCCAAAAUUGUACACAUAGUUAUUACUUCCAUAUACAAGGAGUACCAUUAAUAACUAAUAAGUAUUGUAAUAUUAAAGACUCUGCAUUUAGCCAUCUACCUCUUUGGUGUUUUCCGAGCCACAUGUUCACUGUUAAUUUUUUUUCACGAAAAACCUCAUCCCUGAACCCCGUUUUUCAAUUGUCUAUUCUUUUCUGAUAAGCUGUGUUCUUUUGGCUGAAUGAAGUUCAUAGUGUUCAUCAUUGGCUCUCUCAGAUAGAUAGAAGGCGUGACACACCUAAGGUGAUUACCAUCGUUUCUCUCGUUGCAAUUGUGCAAGUCAGUUGAGAAGGAAAUAAAUACAAGGAUUUUCCAAGAA